AUCAGCAGCCACGUGCACAGUGAUGUACGGUGACCACUUCUCUUUCUCUGUGUAACUUUGCUCGAGAGGUCGUGAUGGUUGCAGAGCUUCAGUCAGAAUUUCUGCACAAGAAAGAAAGAAGAAAUUUUGCUUUUCUUUUCUUUUCUUUUUCAUUGCUUAUUGAUUGCUUGUGAGGAGGAGAUAUGAUAUAUUUUACCGCCCAAAAUCAAUCCCCAGAAGCAGCAGCAGAAGAAGAGUAGUCCUCGUACGCAAAAUUUGCAGGCUUUUUUCACAAUUUAUCAUCAUCAUCAUCAUGCAUUUGCAUUUCUCCAUACGCCUCCCUCCUGAAAACCCUGCCCCCCCUUCCCUGUCUUCUUCUUCCUUCAUUCAGAUAUCCACCCCACCCAGAUUCAAUCUCUUCUGUUUUUCUUUCUUAUAUUUUAAAUAAUUAAUUAAAUAAAAACUAUUUAUGUUUUUCAAAUGACCCUGUCUGUCUGAACCUUGAACCUUCUUCGGAUUCUCAAAGAACUGUCUUUCUUUCUGCCCUUAUAACAUAAAUGAGUCUCAUUUAUAGCGCCCACUCCAUCCCUUCAACUGUUCACCUUCUCUCUUCUCUCUUCUCUCUUCUCUCCUAUAAUUGUAAUGAGGAAGAAGAAGAAAGAAUGGGUAGAGUUGAAAUAAGCCUACUACUCUGCAACUUCUCUGUGCUUUCUUGACAGAGCUUUUGCUUCUGUCCCCCUCUUCUCCUCUCACUUUAAUUAUUUUCCUUUUUUCAAAACCCUUUAACCAUUUCUCCCUCCAUUCCAUUCCAUCCCAUUGCUUACCUAAUCCCUUCUCACCUGCUACUGCUAGUACCGCUCCUCUGUUCUUCCAUUUCUUCCUCCAUUACUAUUACUAUUAUUUUCUUUCUUUCUUUGGAAAAUAAUACUACUUUUGGAGCUCUGCUCUUUUCUACAUCCCACUGUCAAUAAUAUUUCAUUCCCAAACAUCGUCUAUUCUAUUUUUGUUUACUCAUCAUCAUUCAUCAUCAAUCAAUGGCUACUGCGCCGGCUGCUCCUUCUCCGGUCUCUUCUUUGCCACCUCCUCGCCCAAAGUCACCCCCAGAAUACCCAGAUUUGUACGGGAAACGCCGGGAACUACUUAAGGUUCAGAUGUUGGAGAGAGAGAUUGGUAAUCUUGAGGAUGAAUUGAAAUUUGUGGGAGGGCUCCAACCUGCAUCCCGCAGCUGCAAAGAGAUUGUUGAAUUCGUGGUGGCAAAUCCUGAUCCUCUUAUGCCUUUAAGUCAGAGGACUCGGAAACGAAGUCGAUUUUGGAAGUGGUUUAGACGAGCGUUAUGUAUGGAUAUGUCGUGGAUUUGCUGUUGUAGCUGUUCAUGUCGAUGUAGAAAACCUGGCUGCUGCGAGAGCAGUAACUGUUCUUCUUGCACCAACUGUUGCAGCUUGCCAUCAUCAUCAUCCUUAUGCAAAUGCAGAAGCUGUUUUUCAUUGCCGAAAUGCUCUGAUUGUUGUUGUUGGCCAUCAUCAACAUGCUGCUGGCCAUCAUCAUCAUCCUGCUGCCAACCUUCAUUAUCAUGCAACAAGGGCUGUGGUUCUUCUUGCUGUUGUGGAAAUGGUUGUUGUUUUGUUCUUCCUUCUAUAAAGUGGCCUUCUUGUUCAGAUUGUUUUGGUUCUUGUUGUUGUAAAUGGAGAUCCUGCUUCUGCUGCUCCUACCCUAAGUGUCCCAAGCUCAAACUCAGCUGCUCUUGUUUUGGAUGCGGUUGUAAGAAGAUCCAUUGCUGCAAUCCUUUCUCAUGUUGUUUUGGUUGCUGCUAGAAUUUGGAGCUUACUCAAGCAUUCUUCUUCAAUGUGCCAUAUUUACUUUCUUAUUAAUAUCCAUUGCUUUGAUGAUGUAUUGCUAUUGAUGCUAGAUUUUUAUGUUUCUGUUUUUUUUUUUUUUAUAUAUAUAUGAAUUUGUAUUUGUAUAUUAAUAAAUUCAUUUUCCAAAACCUUCUCA